GCCUGCGCAGUCUUUGCCGCCGGCUCGCGGCGCGUGGAGCCCGCUGUGAGCCCCGCGAGUCCAUUCGGCUGCAAGUCCCCGCUGCGCCGGCGCUUGUGGACCAUGUCGUGGCUCUUCGGCAUCAAGGGUUCCAAGGGCGAAGGCACGGGGCCACCUCUGCCCUUGCCGCCCGUACAGCCCGGGGGCGAAGGCAGCGGAGACCGCGGCACGGGGGACCGGCCGGGGCCCAAGGACAAAUGGAGCAACUUCGACCCGACGGGCCUGGAGCGCGCGGCCAAGGCGGCGCGAGAGCUGGAGCACUCGCGACACGCCAAGGAGGCACUGAGUCUGGCUCAGAUGCAGGAGCAAACACUUCAGCUGGAGCAUCAGGCCAAGCUCAAGGAGUACGAGGCCGCAGUAGAGCAGCUGAAGGGCGAUCAGAUCCGAGUGCAGGCUGAGGAGCGGAGGAAGACCCUGAGUGAGGAGACGCGGCAGCACCAGGCCAGGGCCCAGUACCAGGACAAGCUGGCCCGGCAGCGCUAUGAGGACCAGCUAAAACAGCAGCAACUUCUCAAUGAGGAGAACUUACGGAAGCAAGAGGAAUCUGUGCAGAAGCAGGAGGCCCUGCGGCGAGCCACCGUGGAGCGGGAGAUGGAGUUGCGGCACAAGAAUGAGAUGCUGCGGGUGGAGGCCGAGGCGCGCGCCCGGGCCAAGGCUGAGCGCGAGAACGCCGAUAUCAUCCGUGAGCAAAUCCGCCUGAAGGCCGCUGAGCACCGCCAGACCAUCCUAGAGUCCAUUAGGACAGCAGGCACCCUGUUUGGUGAAGGGUUCCGUGCCUUUGUGACAGACUGGGACAAAGUGACAGCCACGGUGGCCGGGCUGACACUGCUGGCUGUUGGGAUCUAUUCCGCCAAGAACGCCACGUCCGUCGCAGGGCGGUACUUUGAGGCCCGGCUGGGGAAGCCGUCCCUGGUGCGGGAGACGUCUCGCAUCACAGUGCUGGAGGCUCUGAGGCACCCCAUACAGGUCAGCAGGCGCCUCCUCAGUAAACCUCAGGAUGCGUUGGAGGGCGUCGUCCUCAGCCCCAGCCUGGAGGCUCGCGUGCGGGACAUCGCCAUCGCCACAAGGAACACCAAGAAGAACAGAAGUCUGUACCGAAAUGUCCUGAUGUAUGGGCCACCCGGGACUGGCAAAACGCUGUUUGCCAAGAAACUGGCGCUGCACUCUGGUAUGGACUACGCCAUCAUGACGGGCGGGGAUGUGGCCCCCAUGGGGCGGGACGGCGUGACGGCCAUGCACAAGGUCUUCGACUGGGCCAGCACCAGCCGGCGAGGCCUCCUGCUCUUUGUGGACGAAGCAGAUGCCUUUCUCAGGAAGCGAGCGACUGAGAAGAUCAGUGAAGACCUCAGGGCCACCCUGAAUGCCUUCCUGCACCGCACGGGCCAGCACAGCAGCAAGUUCAUGCUGGUCCUGGCCAGCAACCAGCCCGAGCAGUUUGACUGGGCCAUCAACGACCGCAUCGAUGAGAUGGUCAGCUUUGAGCUACCACAGCGGGAGGAGCGGGAGCGCCUGGUGAGAAUGUAUUUUGACAAGUAUGUUCUUAAACCAGCUACAGAAGGAAAGCAGCGCUUGAAGCUGGCCCAGUUUGACUACGGAAAGAAGUGCUCGGAGAUUGCACAGCUGACGGAGGGCAUGUCAGGCCGGGAGAUCUCUCAGCUCGCCGUGGCAUGGCAGGCCAUGGCAUAUGCCUCUGAGGACGGGGUCCUCACUGAGGCCAUGAUGGACGCCCGGGUUCAGGAUGCCAUCCAGCAGCACAGGCAGAAGAUGCAGUGGCUGAAGGCAGAGGGGAGCCAGCGGCCGGCCCCGCACACACAAGCUGAAUGAGCUGGCCUAGACACCCAGGCACACUGGCCAGGUGGCUUCAGCAGGAGGAAACACCCAGGUGCCCGAUCUCCUGGCAGUUUUCAUCUUCCUUGGUCAGGAGCGAGGCAGUGUCAAAGGCCUCUGCUAGGGACCAGUUGCUGCUCAGGACCUGGGCAUCUUUGAGGUGGGGUUGGUUCCUCUGCCCCCAACAUCCAGGCUGGUGCUGACUGGGGCCACCCCCAGGACACCCCUGGGAGAUAUGUCCCUGGCCAAGCCCAGAUUGGGAGAAGGCACCGUUCUCCAUGCCCAGGGGCAGCAGCCAUGCUAGCAGCACUGCUUCCCAGCAGGUGUUGGCUGCUUCAGCUGUGAACAGCAGUGGCGGCCUGGCCAAGGGAGGGGACCUGACUUUGCCGAGUCCCACCCAGGACCAGAACAGAGCCGUGAGCUGUUCUGCCAUGAGCAGAGCUGGUCCCUCUGCAGCCCAGUGGGGGUGCCCACCACUCUCCUCUGGAGGGGUGUGCCCCUCAGGUCUGUGAACCUGUAAACCCAGGGUUCGGGAACUAGCCCACCAAGACCUCAUGGCCAAGGAUGUCCAGCGCAGGGGGACUGGCCAGCUCACAGAAGCCACAGCUCUCCCUGACUGGAGUUGGUGUCUUUUUAAUCCAGAAUCUAAUUAAAAAAAAAAACAAAAAACUGGCA